AUAAAUCACUCCAUAAAGUAAAAUUCAAAACAAUAACAAUAAUUUGAUCAUGAUUCAAUGAAUUUGUGAUAAAGAAUAUAAAAUUUACAUUAACUAGUCAUAUUAAAAUACUAUUCAAGCUGUGUAUUUAAGAAGACCAUUCAAAUGGCACUGUUCGCAUUGCAAUCGCGUAGUGCUGCAUUUCGGGGCGCUCCACUUCCGAGCAUCUGGCUCUUGAACCUGCUGACAGGUCAUCGGAAAAGUACAAACGUAGAUGCAAUCGAUUCCUUCAUCAGCGAAUUAAUGGAAAAUAAAGCCCUGAAGUGGAAAGUGCUCAAUCACAAGCAAAAGACGGUUCCAUUGGUGAAAAGCGACGACGGUUUGGCUUCAAUCAACGUUCAAAAACGAGCCCCAUUUAGGCUGACGCAGAUUUUCGAUGACCUAACGUCGAAUCCGAUUGUCAUCAACAUAGAACCUUUGGAACAGACGCAUAUCGAUAACCUAAUAGAAACUGCGAUUCGGGAGGAAAACGAAAGAGAUGUUCAGCUGUUGUUCGAGCAAAUGAUUGAUUACAAGAAGCUUCCGUCCGGUAAGGUUCUGAACAUGCUACUAGCGCACUUUGCCAAUGCUUCCAAUCGAGAACAGCUUGAUAAGCUGGAGAAGCUUUGUGGAGAAGUGGACCCAAAGUUCGUGACUGAUAACUGUAGUCUGUUACAUUAUAAAGCUGUAACACUUUGGAGGAACGGCAAUUCGUUUAAUUCACUGGAAAUGUUCAAGAAAGCAUUGGCGGAAUGCACCAGCGAGAGCAAAGCAGUGAUCGAUCGAUUGCUUGUAAAAAUAGUAGACGAAACGAUCGGUAAAAAGAGUGAAGCUGUUCUGUUAGCCGUGAUUGAAAUGGGAGAGUUUUGCUUGAAUGAGUUGAAGGAUGAGUUCCUCAUAGGAUAUGUGUGGGAGCGGAGCUUCCUGAGCCAAUGGUUCAGUGACCAAGAAGCAGCGAGAAAAUUGUUCGACAAACACGAAAGGCUGAGAUUGGAGAUUGCUAAAAGAGUUAACAAUUUGUGCUUCAGUUGCAUGCAAGAAUUUAACACAGAGCCACUCUACCGAUUGACUGAAUUAUUUCUAAAGCACAAUAUGUCUACGCAAUGCCGUCCAAUACUGAUAAGCCUGUUCGAAUACGAAUAUUGGAGACGAAACUUGCGAGCAUGCUCAGAAAUAAUGCAGAAUUCUAUCGAUUUGGAUAUUCCCCUGCCGGAGGCGUGCAAUCAAAAAUUGCUAGACUUGCUGCUGGGUCGUCCCGGUUCGCUGGCCAAACCAACAGCGGAAAGCGCUGCGAAGCGAAAGCAGAAACUACAGGCGAAGAAAUACGAGCUCAAGUUCUAAAAAUAUUACGAAGAAUCGUUCAAUGAAAAUUGUGUAUAUAGUUUGUAAAUAAGACGAACGUAGCGAAACCUAUAAUUCAAACCACA